AUGGGGCCGCGCGCGUCCCUGGGCCGGCUCCGGGAGCUGUGCGGCCACUGGCUGCGGCCGGCCCUGCACACCAAGAAGCAGAUCCUGGAGCUGCUGGUGCUGGAGCAGUUCCUGAGCGUGCUGCCCGCCCACCUCCUGGCCCGGCUGCAGGGCCAGCCGCUCCGGGACGGCGAGGAGGUGGUGCUGCUGCUGGAGGGCGUCCAGAGGGAGACCAGCAACGUGGGGCCCCUGGACUUUAGCUUCAACACUGGCAAGAACUGUCCCCGUGCCGACGUCCCCUCUGCGGAACAAGGGGGUCCUUCCCAGGUCUCCAGCCACAGCCCCAAAAAAGAAGUGUCUUCAGAAGGGCCCCCAGCCCCGGAGCCCCUGAAAGAGCUCCCGCCAGCCCCGCCAGCGUCCUCCCAGCCUGUCGAGUUGAGGGCCUGGAAAGGUCCCCCAAGUUCAAAGCAGCCUCCGAGCCCAGGUCCCCAGGGGACAUUCCAGGCCCCGCCAGAGAGUGCCCCCCAGGGCCUGGGGCUGUGGCUGGACGAGAACGCCCGGGACCAGGAGCUGGCGGCCGUGCUGGAGUCCCUGACCUUUGAAGAUGUCCCGGUGAAGAAGGCCUGGCCCGCCUGUUCUCUGGGUUUUGGAAGCAGAACUUCCGACCGGGAGCUUAGCGAGGAAGAGCCCAAAGGGGCCCCCUGGCCGGCCGCCAUCCCCGCCGAGUCUCUGGCAGACAGCCCCGGGGCGGCGGAGGAGCCCCCGGCCCAGCCGCUGGAAGGGGGCCCGGAGGUGAGCGGCGCAGGCGGAGGAGGCUCCCCUCCUGCCAGGAGUGAUGUUUUGGAAGUGAAGGUGGCUGAGGACGCCCCCAAGUCGGGGCCGGCGAUGCGGUUCAUCUGCACGGAGUGCGGGGCGACCUUCCCGCAGCUGGCCCGCCUGGAGGCGCACCAGCUGCGCUCGCACCUGGGCUCGCGAAGCUUCCAGUGCCCGAGCUGCGGCAAGACCUUCGGCCGCGCCUCCAUCCUCAAGCUGCACAUGCGCACGCACACGGACGAGCGGCCGCACACCUGCCACCUCUGCGGCCACCGCUUCCGCCAGAGCUCGCACCUCAACAAGCACCUGCAGACGCACAGCUCCGAGCCCGCCUACCUGUGCGCCGAGUGCGGCCAGGGCUUCCAGCGCCGCUCCAGCCUCGUGCAGCACCUGCUGGCGCACGCCCAGGGCCAGAACCCGCCGGAGCCCCAGGCCCAGGUGCCGGAGCUGACGGUCGUCCUGUGCUCGCACUGCGGCCAGACCUUCCAGCGCCGCUCCAGCCUCAAGCGCCACCUGCGGAUCCACGCCAAGGACAAGAACCACCAGUGCUCCGAGUGCUCCGGCAGCCUCCGCCCCAGCCCGGGCCCGGAGCGCCGGCCCCACGUGUGCAGCGACUGUGGCAAGGCCUUCCGGCGCAGCGAGCACCUGGGGGCCCACCGGCGCGUGCACACCGGGGAGCGCCCCUUCACCUGCCAGGUGUGCGGCCGCAGCUUCAGCCAGAGCUCCCAGCUGGUGUGCCACCAGCGCGUGCACACGGGCGAGAAGCCCUACAGCUGCCCGCACUGCGGGAAGCGCUUCGUGCGAAGGGCCGGCCUGGCGCGCCACCUGCUGACCCACGGCGGCCCGCGGCCCCACCACUGCGUGCAGUGCGGCAAGAGCUUCAGCCAGACGCAGGACCUGGCGCGCCACCGGCGCAGCCACACGGGCGAGAAGCCGUGCCGCUGCAGCGAGUGCGGCGAGGGCUUCAGCCAGAGCGCCCACCUGGCGCGCCACCAGCGCAUCCACACCGGGGAGAAGCCCCACGCCUGCGACACGUGCGGCCACCGCUUCCGCAACAGCUCCAACCUGGCGCGCCACCGCCGCAGCCACACCGGCGAGCGGCCCUACGGCUGCCAGAGGUGCGGCCGCAGCUUCCGCCGCAACGCCCACCUGCAGCGGCACCUGGCCACCCACGCGGGCGCGGGCGCGGGCGAGGCGGCGGAGGCCGGCCAGGCCGAGGCCCCCCAGGAGUGCCCGGAGUGCGGCAAGAGCUUCAGCCGCAGCUGCAACCUGCUGCGCCACAUGCUGGUGCACACCGGGUCGCGGCCCUACUCGUGUGCGCAGUGCGGCCGCAGCUUCAGCCGCAACUCGCACCUGCUGCGCCACCUGCGGACGCACGCCCGGGAGACCCUGUACUAG